AUGAAACCAAUUACCUAUUCAUUGGCAUUCUUGGCUGUAACAGCGCUUUCAGCUUUUAGUGUCAAUGCUGGCAUUCUCCCUACCCACCCAGACGGGGCCACUAUAGUACAUCCUGGUGAUGAGACGUACAUAGAAUCAUACAUGAAACAUCUUCCAUCACAUAAUUCCCCUAAGCGUCAUGAUAACCAAUUAACCAAUUCUUGUUUAUUAUUUUAUCCAAAAAAGUUGACAAUAUUGUGGAAAGAAAAUGGUGAGGCCCCGCCUCUAGAAAAUCUCGGAAACGUUGCUGUGAAAUUCAUGACUGGUGGUGACUUGAACCAGAUAGAGCUUAAAGUUAUCGAUACGGUCGAUGCCAAAGUCGGACAAUUGAAAUAUGUUAUUCCCGUUGUUGCGCCAGCAGGAAAGAUCUAUUUUAUCCGCUUCGACGCCGGGCAAAAUCAAUACUAUACUACGCGCUUCAUAGUCACCGACGUCAAUGGGCAAUACCCACCGCCUCCCAACCCUCCACCACCUGUAGGCCAAAAUCAAGGCGGUAAUGGAACCAUUGUCUCUGACGCUCCUGGUGCUGGUGGUGCGAAUAACACAAAUACAACCAGUCCGAAUCCAACACCAACCAAUCCAAACUCAGACACAAACAAACCAACUAAUUCGAACAGCACCGAUAGCUCAAAUACACCAUCGACAAAUAAACCAUCCAUGUCGACGAGAACUUUAGUUAGCAAAGGUCUUAGCUUUGGUGCGGUAGUUGGAGGGAUGGCUUAUCACCUUUUCGGAAUCAAAAUGAGGGGAAGGAAAAAGGUUCGUCAGAAACAACGUUCGAUAAUUGGAACAUGUUCAACGAGGGUACGGGUUACUACUCAUGCACGGUUUAAUCUAGGCACCUGUGCAAAAAGGGAAAUCUCCAGGGACAUAGAACAGACCAUAAAGAAAAUGCGCGCCUCUUCUCUAAAGAAAGAACUAGCGUAA